AUGCUCUCUCGUUUCCCCUGGAAAACUCCAGUCUACCAAAACACAGGCUCUACGGCUCGGGACCACCUAGCCAGCGAGCGCACAUUUCUAGCAUGGAUACGGACAGGACUCGGCUUCAUAGCCCUUGGGAUCGCUAUCGAGCGUUUCUCUCAGCUCGAUCUGAACGAGUUGUUGAAACCUCUAAGGCCACCGCAGCAGCAAGGCCAGGACGCAAAGAGCGAACAUGUUGAUGUCGAUGAUGAGCCGCAGAAGGAACAGUCGCAAGUCAUCGUGGGCACUUUGAUGGCCCUCGGCUCGGGCUCGAUCGUAUACGGGACGUCACGGUACUUCUCCAAUUUGAGGCUGUUAGAGAAGGGUCUUUUCAAACCUGCUUAUCACGGUUCCGCAUUCCUUGCCGCCUCCGUGGCUGGGAUGGCUGGCGGUGUCUACGGGAGCUCAAUGUCGAGGCGGUGGCGGGCACAGCGCGAACGUGAAGAUAUCAAGGAUUCAUCGUGA